AUCACGUGACCAGGUCCGCUACCCAUGUGGGGGCUCGGCGUGCGCCUUUCUUUGUGCUCGGGUUUGGAGGAGUUGUGCUGCGUCCGGACCAGUGCAGAUACCGGGCUGCUCUUUUGCUCGCAACGCGGUAAAAAUACUCCUUCGGUGGGCGACGCAGUACAGGUGCCUCCGAAGGGCGUUCGUUACGGGAAUGCCGAAGCGUGGGAAAAAGGGAGCAGUGGCAGAAGACGGGGAAGAGCUCAAGACGGAGCCAGAGGCCAAGAAGAGUAAGACGGCCGCAAAGAAAAACGACAAAGAGGUAGCAGGAGAGGGCCCAGCCCUGUAUGAGGACCCCCCAGAUCAGAAAACUUCACCCAGCGGCAAACCCGCCACACUCAAGAUCUGCUCUUGGAAUGUGGAUGGGCUUCGAGCCUGGAUUAAGAAGAAAGGAUUAGAUUGGGUAAAGGAAGAAGCCCCAGAUAUACUGUGCCUUCAAGAGACCAAAUGUUCAGAGAACAAACUACCAGCUGAACUUCAAGAGCUGCCUGGACUCCCUCAUCAAUACUGGUCAGCUCCCUCGGAUAAAGAAGGGUACAGUGGCGUGGGCCUACUUUCCCGCCAGUGCCCACUCAAAGUUUCUUAUGGCAUAGGUGAGGAGGAGCAUGAUCAGGAAGGCCGAGUGAUUGUGGCUGAAUUUGACUCGUUUGUGCUGGUAACAGCAUAUGUACCUAAUGCAGGCCGGGGUCUGGUACGACUGGAGUACCGGCAGCGCUGGGAUGAAGCCUUUCGCAAGUUCCUGAAGGGCUUAGCUUCCCGAAAGCCCCUUGUGCUGUGUGGAGACCUCAAUGUAGCCCAUGAAGAAAUUGACCUUCGCAACCCCAAGGGAAACAAAAAAAAUGCUGGCUUCACGCCACAAGAGCGCCAAGGCUUUGGGGAAUUACUGCAGGCUGUGCCACUGGCUGACAGCUUUAGGCACCUCUACCCCAACACAGCCUAUGCCUACACCUUUUGGACUUACAUGAUGAAUGCUCGAUCCAAGAAUGUUGGUUGGCGCCUUGAUUAUUUUUUGUUGUCCCACUCUCUGUUACCUGCAUUGUGUGACAGCAAGAUCCGUUCCAAGGCUCUUGGCAGUGAUCACUGUCCUAUCACCCUAUAUCUAGCACUGUGACACCACCCCUAAAUCAGUUGGAGUCUGGGAAAUAAGCCCCCUAAACUACCAUUCCUUCUUUAAUCACUCUGAAGAGAAAUCUGCAUUCUAUUUCUCAUCUAUAAAAAUAGGAAUCCUCCAGCCAGGCUCCUGUAGCAGACUUAGAUUUCUUUUAAGCUCAAGAUUUUUUUGAGGAUUUCUUUUAAAAAAAAAACAAAAAACAAAAACUGAACAAAGGCUGCUAGUGACUUUGUUUGAAUUAUCCACAUGAAAAUAAAAAGCUAUAGUUUCA